AUGCUGCGCCCCCUGGUGCCCCGGCUGCUUUGCCUCCGUGGCCGCACCGCCCCAUACUCUUCCUCGGCCGUCCUUCCAAGCCCCAACCCAAACCCAGACAUCCGCUACAACCAGCUGUUCAUCAACAAUGAGUGGCAAGAUGCCGCCAGCAAGAAGACCUUCCCGACAGUCAACCCUGCCACGGGAGAGGUCAUUGGCCACGUGGCCGAAGGGGAUCGGGCUGAUGUGGACCGGGCAGUGAAAGCAGCCCGCGAGGCCUUCCGCCUGGGGUCUCCGUGGCGCCGGAUGGAUGCCUCCGAGCGCGGCCGGCUGCUGAACCGCCUGGCGGACCUAGUGGAGCGGGAUCGUGUCCACCUGGCUUCACUGGAGACGUUGGACAAUGGGAAGCCUUUCCAGGAGUCCUAUGCCUUGGACCUGGAUGAGGUCAUCAAAGUAUACCGGUACUUUGCUGGCUGGGCUGACAAGUGGCACGGCAAGACCAUCCCCAUGGAUGGAGAGCAUUUCUGCUUCACCCGCCACGAGCCUGUCGGCGUCUGCGGCCAGAUAAUCCCAUGGAACUUCCCCUUGGUCAUGCAGGGCUGGAAGCUCGCCCCAGCACUGGCCACCGGCAACACUGUGGUCAUGAAGGUGGCAGAGCAGACCCCCCUUUCUGCCCUGUACUUGGCCUCCCUCAUCAAAGAGGCGGGCUUUCCCCCUGGGGUGGUGAACAUUGUCACUGGCUACGGCCCCACGGCGGGUGCCGCCAUCGCCCAGCACAUGGAUGUCGACAAGGUCGCCUUCACUGGCUCUACUGAGGUAGGCCACCUGAUCCAGAAGGCGGCUGGCGAUUCCAACCUGAAGAGAGUCACCCUGGAGCUGGGUGGGAAGAGCCCCAGCAUCGUGUUGGCGGACGCGGACAUGGACCACGCCGUGGAACAGUGCCACGAAGCCCUGUUCUUCAACAUGGGCCAGUGCUGCUGUGCGGGCUCCCGGACCUUCGUCGAAGAAUCCAUCUAUGACGAAUUUCUUGAGAGAACUGUGGAGAAGGCUAAGCAGAGAAGAGUCGGGAAUCCCUUUGAGCCGGACACCCAGCAGGGGCCCCAGGUGGACAAAGAGCAGUUUGAACGAAUCCUGAGCUAUAUCCGUUUUGGCCAGAAGGAGGGGGCACAACUUCUCUGCGGCGGGGAACGUUUUGGGGAGCGCGGUUUCUUCAUCAAGCCCACGGUCUUUGGUGGCGUGCAGGAUGACAUGAGGAUCGCCAGAGAGGAGAUCUUUGGGCCUGUGCAGCCCUUAUUUAAAUUCAGGAAGAUGGAGGAGGUGAUCGAGAGGGCCAACAACACCAGGUAUGGCUUGGCUGCCGCCGUGUUCACCCGGGACCUGGACAAGGCCAUGUACUUCACACAGGCGCUCCAGGCCGGCACGGUGUGGGUAAACACCUACAACAUUGUCACCUGCCACACGCCCUUUGGAGGGUUUAAGGAAUCUGGCAAUGGGAGGGAGCUGGGGGAGGAUGGGCUUAAGGCCUACACGGAGGUGAAGACAGUUACCAUCAAGAUUCCUCAAAAGAACUCGUAA